AUGGAAGAUCACGUUAAUGAAGGAAAUUAUGGGGAAUUAUUUUCAAAAGUUUUGUUGAAUCGUGGUCAAAGAAGAGAUUCUGAUAGAUUUUGGUAUGAAAAUAAAGAUGCAGGAUUUAACAAGGAUGAUGAAGAGCCUAAGGAAUUAGCUGAUAAUGAUCAAAUUUUGACAAUUUUGGAUAGUAAAACAAAGGUUGAAAAUGGUAUAACUUAA